ACCGUCGCUCUUCUCCCGCCGGCCAAAUUUCCAUAUUGACCCGCUGCCUUUCACCAAUCUGUCUCUUAUUGCAGCCCCAUCGUCUAGCCGUCGCUACCAGUGUGCGCUCUGCUGCUGUGCCACGCAUAUACAUUAUAUCGCGGCGCUCGCUCCCCGCAGCCGGCCCGGCUCGGUAUCAGAUCACAAGCCUGACUUUCUGUCCUCUUCCUACCCUCUCGCUAGUUAGAGAUAUAUAGACGGCGGAUAUUCAAGCAAGACAAGAACACAAGUACAUUCAACCGAUAUAAUGUCAACCUCAACAACACGACCCUCCCAACCGCUCUCCCGCCCAGCCUUCCCUCCUCUCCAGUCCUCUAUCAGCACCGAAACCCCGAGUCGUCAGAGCUUCAGCAGCACCAUGAGCGCUUCAUCCACCACUUCCGCGCCGCUCCCCUCGCCCUCGACAUCGUGCCCACAGCAACAAGGCUUCUUUGGCUCUCUCAGUCAGCACCAGAGCCAACAACGGCAGCAGCAGCAAGGACAACCACAACAAUCACAAUCUACACAUUACGUUCAUCCCUCUCAAUACCACUACCAGCCAGACCGGCAGAACGCGGGACAGACGGCAGCCGAGACAAACAGCUAUCUCAGUCAGGCGGCAUUACUUGCUGAGGCGGCGAAGCGAGCACAGAUGGCGGUCGUGAUGCGAGAUAUCGAGGGCAUGGAACUGUAGAUUUCUACUGAUUUCGACUAUGCGGACGCUCGGUUUUCUGGAUAUAUCCUCUUGACCACUGCCACAUCCAACAUCUACUUCUAGGGACAGGACUUCGAGUCCACGUGCCAUCACUCGGCAUUCUGCUUCGGGCCUUACUGUGAUGGUGCAGCUUUCACAUGUUGCAUCAUCCAUCUGGCUAGAGAGAGAGGGAGGGGCGUCAUCCGACUUGGGAUCCAGGCUCAUGGCUCCGAUCGGCCGCUUCCUGUGUGAGAAGUGGAUUCCCAUUUUCCUUUCACGUGUAAACGGCCGUUACUCUUCCCGGUCUUCUUCUUUUUCUUUUCUUCACCACCACU